GCUGUAGCUCCUUAUCAUUGACUUUGCCGGCGUUUCCCCUCCCUCUUCGGAUUAUAAGGGCGCAACCCCCGCUCAUGCAAACCACGUCAUAAUCUGACCACUCGCCGUUGCUUUCUUUUUCCUGACGGGCCAACCUCGGAACUCAGAGGUUUUAAUUUGAAUGUGUAUUUGGCAUGCGGCACAGGAUGACAAGCAAACACGCUACGCCUGAGACCUGAGGUCUUUGAUGUUUGCUGUCAUGGGUCCCGGUCAACCGGUCAUCAGAUCGUCUUUGUUUUGGGCUGGACUUGGAAUGCUGACGGGCGCUCUUAAAUUCGAGACGUUAUCCUCCUCAAUCCCCGCUGCCACUUGCAAAUCAAACCUAGUUGAGAGCGGUAUCCCGCCGGUUAUUCAAAUUGAUCUUCAAGUGGCUGUGAAUCAACAAUCGACAGCUGUCUUCAGCGAGUGAGACAGUGAAGCUUAGAGCCCAUCGACUGCUUCAAAUGGCGUAUGCAUUUGGCAAGCCUCUCCCGAGAGGAUGGCGUUCGGUGAUCAAAGUCCAUAGGUAGGAAAAGGGAGCCCAGUCGCUAAAGGCGCCAAUUUCUCACAUUCACGGACCCUGUUGUUGUUGUCAUUGCUGGAGACAAUGGGCCACAAAAACCGUUGCUGAGAAGUGAUAUAUCAUUUAGCCUAAGGACUUGAUGCUCGUUGAUUUAGCGUGACGGCAUUCUCGAUCCUGUCUUCACAUCGAUCAGUUAUCGCACUCAACAAAAGGAUCGGGCAGGAAGCUAGAAUAAUAGCUUUUUAUGAUCGCCUAGCCAGCAAGCAGAAAUUCGGACCAGGCUACUUUCGACUCUCGAGGUGGUCCACGUAAGCGCCAGUGAAGCAGAUUGCAGGAUCAUGCGCAUUGUUCACUACUUGAGCUGUCAGUCGGGGGC